AUGGCUCCCACCGAUCUAGUGGAUAUUGGCACCGCGUGCGCCCGUCGAGGAUUUAUCAACACUGUCGGCGUGGUAGUCGAUAAGCUGGAUGUCUAUCGCACCAGAGGCUCCUCAUCUUGUGUUACAUUCACUAUAAAAGAUGCUCACUUUGAUACUCCAAGCUGGUCCGGAGGUCUCAAGAUCAAAUACUUCAACGACAAUGAAAGUGUGCUUCCUGAAAUUCGCCUCCACGAUGUAGUCUUACUGCGAAAUAUUCGUGUUACCGUUUUUCAAGGCAAGUCAACGGGAGUUGCUUCGCAGCAUGAUACUGUCCCUUGGGCAAUCUUCAGGCCUGGGCCAGACCCCAAUUCAAGCCCAGUCAUCACCAGCGGGCCCGUUCCUUUCGACUUGAAACCUCUGGAAAAGAGGUUCGCAAAUUCGCUUCUGGAUCGGUUUGUAGUCGAUGAACAAGCUGCGUCAGCACCACAGCCAACACGUCGCACGGCUGUUUCGCGUCAGCCGUCUGAGCCGUCCCAGCCAUCUCAAGUGAUCCAGGCUUCUAUGCCGGCUCCCAAAAGAGGAGGCCUGCCAUUUCAUCUGAUCCAAGAUGUCCAAGUCAACAACCUUGCCCAGCUGUUGGGCCAGGUAGUGAAACUCAACACCUACGAUAGCGAGAAAUGCCUCAUGUACCUUACAGACUAUACGUCUAAUGCGGGUCUCAUGGACAUCAAGAAACAGGACGAAGACGAACAGGGUCCCGAAGGUGACGAAUAUAACUACAUGGCUCGCAAAAAGAAAGACUGGCCCGGUCCAUGGGGCCAACUGACAAUACAAGUCGCUGUCUGGGAGCCACAUGCCAGUUUUGUGCGCGAACGCGUCAAAGCCGGCGACCUUGUGCUCUUGACAUACGUACGCAUCAAAGAAGGCCGUUUUGAAGGUGGCAUAGAAGCUGCAGUACACGAGGAUAAACGCUACCCAGAAAAGAUCCACGUUCGCAUCGUCUCGCCUAACUACGAUGAGCGAUCCCGAGAGCUUCUGGACCGUCGCAAGGAAUACUGGGCUAUCCACGGCAAGCCUAGUGAUGAUCCAAAGAAGGCUGAAAAGAAGAAAAAGAGCGCACAGAAGAAGAAGGAGGUCCGGAAAGAGGAGGGUCAAAAGACUUUGACAGUGGCCACCUCGCAGACCAAGAAAAACCCACACAUCAAAAUGCGCAACAUUGGAGUACCUGAGCGUUCGAUCGAAUACAUUCUAUCCGGCGAAUCACACGUCAACAAUCUUCCGGGUGGCAUCACCUACACUCUCCCUUUCCAGAACGUCUGCUACGUGCUACUAGCCCGAGUUGUGGAUUUCUUCCCCCGGAACCUAGAAGACUUCGCCGUGCAAGUCCCCAUGAAGCGAAUAGCCGCCAACUACAGAAAUCGAGGCCAGGAUAUCGACAGCACACCAAGUAUGGAAUGGCAAUGGCGCUUCUGCCUUCUCGUCGAAGGAACAGAGCCUAUGGUAUCGAAACAUGAACUCCGGAAACAGAUGAAGAUCUAUGUAUCCGGCGGAGAUGGUGAGCACUUGCUCAACCUCGACGCUACUGAUCUUCGCCGCAGUCCCGAUCGGCUAGCUGAGCUGCGAGAGAAACUGUUUCUUCUUUGGGGUGACUUGGAAGAAAAGAAGCAGGCACAGGCUGUCGACGAAAACUCGGCCUGGGAGCCUGUUAAAUCCUCGUCGGUACCUUUCAACUGUUGUAUUCAAGAGUAUGGGGUGCACUGUGGCCAUGCGCCAGACUUGAAUGCCAUGGUCAUCGACGGGGUCGAGCAGCCAUGCAGCCAGCCGGACUGCCUUGGUUGGGAAAGACGAUUCUCCAUGUUCGGCACGACAAUUCAUUCCUAA